AUGCCUCGCAUAAGAAAAAAGACCAGCAAUCGGGUGAAGGUCAAUGAUAGGGCGAAGCUAAAAAAGAAGGUCCGCGAUGGGAAGAAGAAGAAAGCCAAGCUGGCGAAAAAGAAUGUUCAGUGGAAGAGCAAGAAGUCAAAAGAUCCUGGCAUUCCCAAUGAAUUCCCGUAUAAGGACCAGAUCUUGGCCGAGGUAGCUAAGCAGCGGAGACUGGCAGCAGACGAGAAACAGAAGAAGAAGGAAGAGAAGCAAAAGGCUGUAUCUCGAGCAAGGGCGAUUGCCCGUGGAGAGGUCGUCGAAGAUGAAGAAGAUGGAUUGGAAGAGGACGACGACAAAGACCAAGACAGCGCUGGUUCUGGCGAUGAAGACAACGAAUCUGGCGAGCCAAAGGGAAAGAAGGAUUUGAACGUCGGCGCCGAGAGUAUUGCUAGUCUCAGCGCAAAAAUCAUGAAGACUGGGUUGAAACCUAGACCGAAGCCAGUGGUCGAAGAAGCGGAAGAGAGCGAUGAGGAGGAGGAAGUGCCCAUGCUGGUGAAUUGUGAUCUUCCCAACUUGAAGGCGGUCUUGGAGAAGACGGAUGUCGUCCUCGAGGUUCUGGACUCACGCGACCCGCUUGCGUACCGGAGUAAACAUGUGGAAGAACUGGCGCAAGAGAAUGGCAAAAAAUUGUUGUUCGUGGUCAAUAAGAUUGACUUAUGUCCAAGAGAGGCGUUGUCUGCCUGGACAGGCCACUUGAGGGCAGAUCAACCGACGCUGCUCCUCCGUUCGGCAUCUUCAUUCCUUCCUGAACCGCCAACGCCGUCUCAGCAUGCACCAAAAAAGGGCAAAGGAAAGGCCAAGGUGCCCGUAGAUGAUGCCGUUGGCAGUGAUUCUAUAUUGUCCUGCCUUGCCCAUUGGGCCAAAGAGAAGAACGGAGACGUUCCCCUCAAUGUGGCUAUUGUCGGUGUCGCCAAUGUUGGGAAAAGUUCUCUCAUCAAUUCUCUCCUCAAAAGGGCAGCACUGCCUGUCUACGCCCCCUCUUCCUCAUCUAGAGGCCCUACGACCACCGAACUACCCCAAGAGGUCUCUUUGGAGUUCGAAGACCAAAAAAUAACCCUCAUUGAUACACCUGGCCUCUCGUUCAUUUCCGAAGUUGUCGGCGACGCUGCAUUACUGCAGCAAAGCCGUGCUCGCGACAUUUUGCUCAGAAGUAAAGGUAGAAUAGACCGCUUAAAGGACCCCGGCCCUCCAAUCGAGCAUAUCGUGUCUAGGGCUAAUACUGAGGAUCUUAUGCUUUUGUAUAGCCUUCCUGCGUUUGCAAAGGGCGAUUCCACUGCGUUCUUGUCAGGCGUCGCACGAGCGAACCAGCUCGUGAAAAAGAGAGGGGCUCUCGAUUUGGCCGGCGCAGCCCGCGUUGUUCUCCGAGACUGGAGUGUGGGCAAGCUCGCGCGCUUCUCUACACCGCCAGCGCCCACUAGCACAGGUACCGACUCAUCGUCUGCCGCCGAGGCUACGUCCUCAGAGGGAUCGUCCUCGAAAUCACAAACCCAAUCAGCCGCGGAUUCUACAAUAAGGACCCACUUUGCACAGCUCUAUGCCAAGGACGACACCAUUUUGGCAGCGCUUCCUACAAGGAAAGAGCUCCGGAAAAAAGGCGGCCUCGUCAGGUUUUCGCCGGGCGCCGUCGACGCGCGGCGGGCGGCUGUGGAGGAGGAUUGGGCUGGCCUGGAGGAUAGUGAGGAGGAGCAGAGUGAUGCCGAUGAACAUGCGCUUGAUGAUCUUCGGGGUAUGGAUGUCGAUGAGGAGGAGGAAGACAAUGAUGAGGAGGAAGGGGAUAAGGAAGGGGAAGGCGACGAGCAGAAUGAGGACAGCGAACCAGAGGAGGAUGCGGUCAUCCAGGCUCCGUUAUCCAGCAAGCAAAAGCGGAAGCGCGGCCUAGAGAAGCCUGCACCCGAACGGCCCACCAAAAAAGUUACUUUCGAACGGCCCUCGAAGCGAAGCAAGCCUGCGCAGCAGAGGCCCCUCGAACCUAUACAAGGUUCGAUUUUAUCGAAGCCUAACAAGCCUACGGCCUCCUCCCCCUCUGCACCCACAAAGGCUGUACACAAGGCCAAGUCCCCGUCGAAAGCCGCUUCGUCCGCAGCAGCUACUGCGAAGAAGGCACUCUCGGAGCCCAAGUUGAAGGUGGCGAAGGUGGCGAAUGUGAAACCGAAAACGAAAACCUCUGCUGCUGCUGCUGCUGCCUCCAAAGAUGCGGACGAGCAGGAGGAUUACGACUUCGGAAAGUUCUUCUGA